CCCGCAUUGACAUGCACAUGUGUUCUCAGUUUUCCCCCGGGGCACGUCACAACAUGUCUGGAAUGAUCGCGAGCCGCACACAGGACCCCGGGAAUGCGCCACAGCGGAGAAGGUUUCCAGUGUUGGCAGCUCGCUCAUCACCUCUCGUGUUGUAGAGGCAGGCACCUGGCUUGAUGACACCAUGUCCAGAUAUCACUCCCCUCCUUUCCAGACCCUGUCCUUCCUCCACCUCUUCCUCUUCACCCUCUUCCCAAUCUCCCUUCUUUCUCCUCUCCUUUCUCAGUCUCCUCUAAGUUGGACCUCUCCUCAUGACCCCUGCUACCAUUUGGAUGGCCGCCCACGCCACUGUCUGUCUGAAUUCAUCAAUACUGCCUACGGGGUGCCUGUGACCAUGGAAGAUCUCCAGCAAGGACCCAAGACGAAUAUCAGCACAUUAACAGACCUUCAUAACCCCCACAAUCUGACAUGCUGGACAGCUGCCAAAGGCUUGAGUGGCAGGGAUUGGACUUUCACAGUUCCCCUGGGAAGACGCUUUGAAAUCACUUACAUUAGUCUUCAGUUUUGUCAACAGGUGGAGGCCUUGGAGUCUUUCUCCAUCUCCAUCUCGAAGUCAAUGGACUUUGGCCGGACCUGGCGUCCCCUACAGUUUUAUUCCAGUGACUGCAUGGGAAAAUUCAGCCUUCCAGCCCAGUCUAUUGCUCUGACAAGGCACCAAGAGACAGAGCCGCUGUGUUCAGAUCCAAGACCUUUGCAGAAGCACCGUGGAAGUGUUGUGCUAGCUUUCUCAACCUUGGACGGACGUCCUUCCUCACCAGAUUUUGAUUACAGUCCAGGGCUUCAAGACUGGGUUACUGCUACGGACAUAAAGAUAGUGUUUCACCAAUCAAUGGAUAAAAUGAAAAACCAAGAAGAGAAACUGAAUGAGGUGGGACGUGCCUUAAGAUGGAGGGCAGGGGGAGAAAGGGGGGACACAGUUCUUAGGUUUGGGGAGACAGACACAGGGACUAAGACAUCAGAAAUUGGGCGAAGAAGUCAAGAAAAAAAGAAAGAGAAAUUCACUCUGAGAAAUCGGAAUAAAAAAACUGUGCAGCAAAGUAGUCACAAUGUUACUCGAAAGGAGAUGGGGUCUCAAGGUAGAGAGGAAAGAGGUAGGGGGAGGAGCCACAAGAAGGAAAGUUGGAAGCCGUGCCAGGGUGGCACAUGUGAUUGGUUGGUAAAUAUCCAGCAGCCGGGCUCUAAAGGGCGAGAGUUGAGGAGAAGAAGAAACAAUGGAGGGGGAGAGAGGUCCCAUUCUAAAUCAAGAAAAAAGACCCUGCAUCACCUCUCGCCUUCUGCCCUUUACACUCCAUCUAAACCCCCUCUCGCCCUUUCAGACCUGCAGGUUGGAGGCAGGUGCAAGUGCAAUGGCCAUGCCUCCCGCUGUCGUCGUGAUAACCAGGGACGUGCAGUGUGUCAGUGUGAGCAUCACACAUCUGGACCGGACUGUGAUGUGUGUGAGAAAUUUUUUUGUGAUCGCCCAUGGCAACGGGCAACACCCAGCCAACCACACCCGUGCGUCCCAUGUGAAUGUAAUGGUCACUCUACUAAGUGUAGAUUCAGUAUGGCUGUGUAUCAACAGUCUGGCCGAGUCAGUGGAGGCAUUUGUUUGAAGUGCCGGCACCACACCAUGGGACACCACUGCCAGUUCUGCCAAAGUGGAUACACACGUGACCACAGCAAACCACUCAGCCACCGCAAGGCCUGCCAAUCUUGCCAGUGCCAUCCAGUGGGUUCAGUGGGCCAUUGGUGCAACCAGUCCACAGGGCAGUGUUUGUGUAGAGAAGGGGUCAUAGGGCAAAGGUGUAACCGUUGUGCCCCUGGGUACAAACAAGGCCAGUCUCCCCUCCGACCAUGCAUCCGUAUUCAGGAGGUUGCACCACCCACCCCAGUUUACCAGCCUCAGUACAGCAUUG